UUGUUGGUUUCGGGUUGUCAGGCAGCGGCGGUGCAGCCGGGCUGCCAGGGACCCGCGGCGGGCGGCUCGGCCAUGCCCGCUGUCGCCGCCUGAGCCCCUCCACCCGCCGCAAGCAUGAAGGACAGCGGGGACUCCAAGGACCAGCAGCUCAUGGUGGCACUCCGGGUCCGGCCCAUCAGCGUGGCAGAGCUGGAGGAAGGAGCCACGCUCAUCGCCCAUAAAGUGGACGAGCAGAUGGUGGUUCUCAUGGACCCGAUGGAGGACCCUGACGACAUCCUGCGGGCACACCGUUCCCGGGAGAAGUCCUACCUGUUUGACGUGGCCUUUGACUUCACUGCCACCCAGGAGAUGGUGUAUCAGGCCACUACCAAGAGCCUCAUCGACGGCGUCAUCUCAGGCUACAAUGCCACUGUCUUUGCUUAUGGCCCCACAGGCUGUGGGAAAACCUACACCAUGCUGGGCACAGACCACGAGCCUGGCAUCUACGUUCGGACCCUCAAUGACCUCUUCCGUGCCAUUGAGGAGACCAGCAACGACAUGGAGUAUGAGGUGUCCAUGUCCUACCUGGAGAUCUACAAUGAGAUGAUCCGGGACCUGCUGAACCCCGCCCUGGGGUACCUAGAGCUGAGAGAGGACUCCAAAGGGGUGAUCCAGGUGGCUGGGAUCACCGAGGUCUCCACUAUCAAUGCCAAAGAGAUCAUGCAGCUGCUCAUGAAGGGGAACCGGCAAAGGACCCAGGAGCCCACGGCUGCCAACCAGACGUCCUCUCGCUCCCACGCCGUGCUCCAGGUGGCUGUGCGCCAGCGCAGCCGGGUCAAGAACGUUCUGCAGGAGGUGCGGCAGGGCCGCCUGUUCAUGAUUGACCUGGCGGGCUCUGAACGUGCCUCCCAGACGCAGAACCGCGGGCAGCGCAUGAAGGAGGGCGCCCACAUCAACCGCUCGCUGCUGGCGCUGGGCAACUGCAUCAACGCGCUCAGCGACAAGAGCAGCAACAAGUACAUCAACUAUCGGGACAGCAAGCUCACCCGGCUCCUGAAGGAUUCCCUGGGCGGGAACAGCCGCACCGUGAUGAUCGCACACAUCAGCCCCGCCAGCAGCGCCUUCGAGGAGUCCCGGAACACCCUGACCUACGCCGGCCGGGCCAAGAACAUCAAGACCAGGGUGAAGCAGAACCUGCUCAACGUCUCCUACCACAUCGCCCAGUACACCAGCAUCAUCUCGGACCUUCGGGGCGAGAUCCAGAGGCUCAAAUGCAAGAUCGAUGAGCAGGGUGGGCGGGGUCCGGCCCAGGGCCGGCUGGAGCGGGGUGACAUUCGCCACAUCCAAGCCGAGGUCCAACUGCACAGUGCGCAGGGUGAGCAGGCCGAGAUGGGACAGCUGCGGGAGCAACUUAUCAGCGCUUUCCAGGAGCAGAUGGACGUGCGGAGACGCCUGCUGGAGCUGGAGAAUCACGCCAUGGAGGUCCAGAUUGACACCUCCCGCCACCUGCUCACCAUUGCUGGCUGGGAGCACGAGAAGUCCCGCAGGGCGCUCAAAUGGCGGGAGGAGCAGCGGAAGGAAUCCUACACCAAGGAUGACAGCGAGAAGGACUCGGACACGGGUGAUGACCAGCCAGACACCCUGGAGCCCCCAGAGGUGGCCUCGGCCCGGGAGAGCAUUGCCGCCCUGGUGGGGGAGCAGAAGAAGCUGAGGAAGCAGAAGCUGGCGCUGGAGCAGCGCUGCCGGGAGCUGCGCGCGCGGGGCCGGCGCCUGGAGGAGACGCUGCCACGGCGCAUCGGCUCGGAGGAGCAGCGCCAGGUGCUCAGCCUGCUGUGCCGCGUGCACGAGCUCGAGGUGGAGAACACGGAGAUGCAGUCGCACGCGCUGCUCCGGGACGGCGCGCUCCGCCACCGCCGCGAGGCCGUGCGCCGCCUGGAGCAGCACCGCAGCCUCUGCGACGAGAUCAUCCAAGGCCAGCGCCAGGUCAUCGACGACUACAACCUGGCCGUCCCGCAGCACCUGGAGGAGCUGUAUGAAGUGUACCUGCGGGAGCUGGAGGAGGGCAGCCUGGAGCGGGCCACCAUCAUGGACCGGGUGGCCUCCAGGGCCCUGCAGGACAGCUCCUUGCCCAAAAUUACCCCAGCAGGAACCACACUGACACCAGAGUCUGACCCAGAGAAUGUGAAGACGCUGAGCUCUGAAGUCCAGCGCCUGCAGGACAGCAUCCUCCCUCCCCUCAGCGCGGAGAGUGAAGCCAACCGCGUGUUCAAAGCCAGUCCUCGAGCCUGGCAGGUGAAGAGCUCCUCUGUGCCCACCCCACCCCCCAUCCAGAUCGGCAGCCUGGUGACCCAGGAGGCCCCCACUCAGGACAGCCUGGUCAGCCCCAGCAGCCAGAUCACCUCUUCCCCCGACAGCAGCGAGAAUCUGUCGGAGAUCCCCUUGUCCUCCAAAGAGAGGAAGGAGAUCCUGACCGGCACCAAGUGCAUCUCGGUGAAGGCUGCGCGGCGGCGCUCGCGGGCUUUGGGCAGCGAGGGGCGCCACCUGCUGCCACCUGCCCGGGAGCGCGGCAGCCUGUCUCCGCACUCGCCCAGCGAGGCUGACGAGCAGCCACCCGGCCCUCUGGCCUGCAAGCGGCCGCCCAGCCCCACCCUGCAGCACGCUGCCAGUGAGGACAACCUGUCUAGCAGCACAGGCGAGGCCCCGUCCCAGGCAGCCGGGCACAGUGGCGACGGCACCGGGCCCUGGAUGCGCAGCCAGAAGAAAAGCCCGGGCAAGAAACGGGAGGAGUCACUGGAGGCCAAGAGGAGGAAGCGGAGGUCCCGGUCCUUUGAGGUCACGGGGCAAGGGCUCUCCCGCCCCAAGACACACCUCCUGGGGCCCCGUCCCAUGGAGAGUGUCUCGGAUCACAGGGUGCCAGUGUGCGGACACCCAGCCCCUGGUACCCGGCAUCUGGGGAAGGUCACGCUGCCUUUGGCCAAGGUCAAACUCCCUCCAAGCCAGAGCACGGGCCCCGGGGACUCCUCACCCCUCACUGUUCACUCCAACCCAGCUGGUAUUUCCCGACGGGCUGCCCGUGGGCCCCGCCUGGCUCACGGCACAAGCACCCACGGCAAAGACGGACGCUUCCGGCAUACCUGAGGGGUCCUGUCUGGAACCGGCCCUCCUGCCCCCAAGCCUGGAUGGGGUGUAGCAGAAAAUGGGAGAUGGAGGCUGGGCAGAUGGGGUCGCCAGUGAGCAGGAGCUCAGGCUCUCAGAAAGCUGGGGCUUCUGAGACCCAGGAAUUAUGAGGGUGUCUGCCCAGCAGCUCCAUGCUUUCAGUGCCACUGGGGAAGGGAGGUAAGCUCAGGAGGCAUGGCCAGGAUGACAGGACUUCCUGACCUCCCAGCCCUGGAUAGAACCCUGUUGCCAAAACCCUGUAGAGACCUGGGGCCGGACUCAGCCUUGGAGAUGGAAGGGGGAAGGGAGCUGUUAGUGGGACGGGGUCCUGAGCCCACAUCCGGGGCAAGGGCAUCUCCGAUGGUUGGGGAAGGAGCCAACAGUCAUUUCGGAAGAGUCUGGUUGGGGCAGAGGAGGGAAUCUGGUUUUGUUACUUGGCGGUGUAACAAUAAAAUCCCAUUUGGGUCUUGA